AUGGCCAUCCGCGUUGGAACAGCCUCGCCCAACACCCAGGCCACAACGCCCCUCACCCUCGCCCACCUCCACGACAUAGUCUCUCGUGCUGCUGCUCAAAGAAUCGAUAUCCUUUUACUGCCCGAAGCCUUCAUCGGCGGCUACCCGCGCGGCACGUCGUUCGGCUGCGUCGUCGGAAGCCGUACCGCCGAGGGCCGCGAGUCAUUCGCCCAGUAUUUUGACAAAGCAAUUGAUCUCGGCGACACCGUUGGCGAUGGCAGCGCGGGAGCCGGAGUCAAGUGGGUGAGGCGGGAAUUGCCUGGCUAUGAGCUUGGCGGGAGCGGUCGAGGCGAUGGCUCGCGAGAGGAGCUGGAGCGGAUUGCGCGCGACACGGGCGUCUUUUAUGUUACGGGAUGCAUUGAGAAGGCGGGCGGCAGCUUGUACUGCGCGGCGGUUUAUGUGUGUCCCAAGGAGGGCAUCAUAGGCAAGCGCCGCAAGGUGAUGCCGACCGGCACUGAGCGCCUCAUGUGGGCCCAAGGCCAUCCCUCCACUCUCCGAGCUGUCACGACCUUCGUCCGAGGCCAACGCAUCAACCUCGCCGCCGCCAUCUGCUGGGAAAACUACAUGCCUCUCCUCCGCCAAUCCCUCUACGCCCAAAACAUCAACCUCUAUCUCGCCCCCACCGCCGACGGCCGCGAAGGCUGGCUCAGUUUGAUGCGCACAAUCGGCAUCGAGGGCCGCUGCUUCGUCGUCAGCAGCAACAUGUGCGUCCACCGGGAUGUGGUGCCAGUGACCGGGGGCUCGAGACGCGGAACGGUCGGAGGCCGGAGGACUUCGGCGGUGGUUGCUGACGAUGGCUUCGAGUUUGCGGUGCCGCCGCCCAAGGUGAGGCACGGACGACGGAAGAGCGUGUUUGACGAGGACGGCAACGAGAUUGUGCUCUCAUUACAGGAAGACGAACCAGCCAGGCAACAAGACCACUUGCAACACCAAACUCAGCCCGCAGCCGCUUUCAAAGCUCCCCACUUCCUCUCCCGCGGUGGCUCUUCCAUCGUUUCUCCCUUUGGCGAUGUCAUUGCUGGUCCGCAGUGGGAAGACGAGGACAGCCUCAUCUACGCCGACAUUGACCUGCGCGACUGCAUCCGCGGCAGACUCGACCUAGAUGCAGCGGGAAGUUACUCGAGAAACGAUGCAUUCAAGCUCACUGUUGACGGAUUGGAUUUGGAUCCGCUGCCGUAUUAG